AUGACUGGCCGCUUUGACCUCGAUGCCCCCUCCAACGCACUGGAAACGUUUAAUCUUCUAGUAUUACAAGCAGGGAGUGGAACUGACCCUAAAGUCAAUACGUUUGCUAGCCACUGUCCGACUGCCACAGGCUGUGGCAUGAACAGCGUUCCCGGUAGCGAAGCAUCCAGACGGUUGGAUCUAGCCAUCGAUCAGCCAGCUUCCCACUCGAUUAACGCUGAUGGCACUGAGUCUCCUUUUCAACAGAUCUCUAACUUCUUUGAUGCCGCGGCUGCCUCUUCAUCUGACGAAGAGGACUGGGAUCCCUACCAAGUGGCCGCGAAAUUCCUCGCUGAUGAGCGCUGCCACUCGGCGCGCCUGGAGCGGAUGCUGGAGUGGCACCUCCAAUCCCUCCGAGCCUCUACCGACUUGGAGGUGACUGCCCGGGCUGAUCUGAUCGCAAAACCGACAAGGGUGACUGCAGAACCCACUUUUGCGCCUACUGCGUCCUCAGAAGCACCCUGGUUGCUGGCAAACGAGCUUAGGGUUGGCAACGACUGUGCUACAGUGUUUGUGGGCGUCUCCAAUUAG